GCUCUGCCUCAGUAACACAUCGUGGAGACCCGUCCACUUACAACCGUCGCCAUGAUUGCCAAGGUCUGCCUUUUUACCGCCCUCGUGGGUGUUGCGUGCGCACUGCCCCGAGCCCUCCCCGACGAGGCUCCCCCUGUUUACGUGCAGGAGUCGGCGCCUGUUUACGUGCCAGAACCACCGCCCGUAUACGCACCUGAGCCCGCGCCUGUCUACAGCAGCCAUCCUUCUCCUUACAAAGAGGAGCCCAAGCCCUAUGCUUUCGACUACGGCGUGAAGGACGACUACUCCGGCGCCAGCUACGGCCACAACGAGAACUCCGACGGAAAGGCCGUGAGCGGCUCGUACGUGGUGGCCCUGCCCGACGGCCGCAUCCAGAAGGUGACCUACGUGGCUGACCACUACAACGGCUACCAGGCCCAGGUCGAGUACGAGGGCAAGGCGCAGUACCCCGAGACCAAGCCGUACCAGCCCCAGCCCUCAUACCAGCCCCAGCCCUCGUACCAGCCCGAGCCUCAGCCCGCUUACCAGCCCGAACCAGCCUACAACUAAGAUUCUGCUCGACGGCGCCUCCCCGGCCGAGUGCCCUGCCCAUCCCUGCUCAGGUCCCCCUCCACUCGGGCGGGCAGCGAGGCUGGGAGGCGCUCACUCGGCGUCCGCACGUAACCCUCUCGCCCCGGAAUCGUCACGGCCCCGCCUGCCCUGCAGAGGCUUCGCUUCGCACAGCAGGCUCUUCAUGCUCUCACUCGGACUUGCUGGUCGAGUCCGCCCUAGUCAUCCCCAUCGUGCCAUCCCGCACUGUGUGCAAUAUGUUAAUCAAAUAUGAAUUUCACAAGCAGUA